GAGACGAGGGGAGGGGAGAAAGGGGCCAGGUUAUUUGAAGGGUAAUAUAAUUCCCUUAGGUCACUGUUAAAAAGAAACAAAGUGAGAACAUACAUUUGCCAGGCUUCCCAUCACAGAUUUCCUAUCUUCUCCAUAUCCUCUCGUCCCUUCGCUGCUCCUACGGUGGCUCUGGCAUGGUUUGGUGGAUGGCUGAGACUCGUGAGCGUCUAUGGGGGCCCUCUUCGCUAUUCUCGUUUCGAUACCUUCCUAUGCCAUUGAAGACAUCACGAUCAACCCAAAGAGGUCUUAGGUGCUGUCUGUCUACUAUGUUGGGGCUGGGUGAAGGUCUCUUAAGCGCUACAUACUCUGAAAACAAUAAAGUAGCCAGUUCAGGAGACUACACUGAGGAGAGGAGGUGGAACUCAGGGUGCGUAUCUUUUUUGGCACCAGAAGCAGUGAAGACGAAGCACUUGAGCGACAGAAGAGGCGUCAUGGCUACAGGAGCCCAUUCUUCACGAGAAUCCGCAUAUGUCGAUCAAUGGGCUUGAAAUAGCGCGCUGGUGAACGCUCAGGGUUGAAGUUGGGUCACUGACAGCAAAUCGUGCAUAUGCAGGUCAGCCUAUGAUUGGGUCUGUCUGGAAUGCACAUUAAU